AUGGACUCGUACUCGAUUACAAACGUAAAGUACUUGGACCCUAGCGAAUUACAUCGUUGGAUGAAUGAAGGCCAUACUACUAUGCUAAGGGAGUCCUUCCAGGUAGUAGACGUUCGGGGAUCGGACUAUAUGGGAGGCCAUAUCAAAGACGGAUGGCACUACGCCUACUCGCGUCUUAAGAAGGAUCCGGAGUACUUAUGCGAGUUAAAGCACCGACUGUUGCAAGAGCAGGCGGAUUGCCACGGACCGCUCAACGUGGUUUUCCACUGUAUGCUGUCGCAGCAGCGUGGACCGUCCGCAGCGAUGCUGCUGCUUCGGUCGCUUGACACGGCGGAGCUUUCCCGGUGUAGGCUAUGGGUGUUACGCGGUGGUUUCUCACAGUGGCAGUCCGUAUACGGUGAUGAUGAAAGGGUCACAGAGGGUUACCUUCCAGAUUUGUGGCGCUAA